CCUUAGUAACCAUCCGAAUAACAAACCAAAGAGGAGACAUUGCAUGAAUCUCAGAGGAAACACAGUCCCGCGGGCUCACUCUCUCUCUCUCUCUCUCUCUCUCUCUCUCUCUCUCUUGGGCUACAACUAAAUUUUACUUAUUUUUCUUUUUGUUUGUUCUUUUUUGCCUUGAUAUUACAUUAUAUUGAAGACCAGUAAACUUUUUUGGUCUUAAAAAUUGUAGGAUAGUUAACGUUUCAUUAGAUUGAAGUGAUUUUUCGGGACUGCCAUCCAACUGGACUGACUGCUUAUAGUCAUGCGUCGAGGGGACUGGUCGUCGCGGCCCGCUGAGGCUCAGAGGCGAGAAGAGAGGAGGACAGAGUUCAGACUGGCCGAGGGUCUGCAGAGACUGGAUCAGGCCAAACAUUAUCACCUCAACACACUGACCCGAGAACAGCGCAGACUCAGCAGAGACCUCGCCUCCAUCAAAACAGGUAAUUCCUGGAAAAGAGGAUUUCACAGUUUGGGGCUUCGAGCCUCCAACCAUGAUGCCGGACGUCCUGCUGCUUAUUAUAAGAGGACUCUAUUACCCAUCAUCCCUCUGGUGGGCAAAGAGGCAGACGAUCACAAGUCGUCUUCUCUGCAGGCUCGUGUUCAGGAGUUUAUCAGCAGUGGGGGCAAAAGGACAGAACACUCCUCUGAGACUCUCUGCCUGCCGGACCUAAAACAGCAGCCUGUCACCUUUCUAACCACCACAAACACGCAUACAGACCGAGAGGAGAGCAAGGAAAGAGAUAUGGAGGGACAUGUGGAGGUAGUGAGGGACAGAGAAAAAGACAGCCAGAAAGAAAAGGAAUGGAUGCUGUUAAGGGAAAGAGAGAAAGAUAAUGAAAAUGGAGCUGAAAUAAAUGGGAAUAGGGGUUCAUCUUCUCCUGUGCCUUUCCCCCCUGACAUGCUUGCUCCUGAUGGACAUUUAAGAACCGUUCACACGUUGCCAAAUUUUGCCCAGGCCCUGGUCGAAGCAAGAAAAGCAAGAUACAUCAGACACAGAGGACAGCCACUGUGUGAGAGAGAACUCACCAUACGAGAGAUAUUUGCCCAGGAUUCAAGACGCACUCCAGCUGUUUGAGAGACUAAAAUAGCAGCUCUCAACUGAAUUUGCUUCAAGACUUAUUUGAAUCAGACACAAGUUCUAAAACACAAUGCAGCAAGUUACUGCACUUGCUAAAGUAUCUAGUGCCAAAAAUUAUGUUAAGUUGCUGGCUGUAUUUAAAUUAGCUUUUUGGGGCAUUCACUAUUACGAGAUGACAACCCAUCCCGCACAUCCUAAAUUAGGCUUUUCUUAUCAUCAAAUUUGCUGUAUACAGACAGACAGCGAGUAUAACCCCUUUGGUUCUUCUUGUUUGGUUGUCUUCUUUGCUCUCACAUUGCCACCCACUGAACCUAAGCAGGGUUGUACCUGGUUAGUACCUGGAUGUGAGACUACCUGGGAAAACUAGGUUGCUGCUGUAAGAGAUGCUAGUGAGGCCAGCAGGGGUUGCUGGCCUCACUAGCCACUAGAUUGCAUGAGGUCUUGACUCUCUGUGGUAACUUAAAAAUCCCAGGAUGUCCUGCAAAAAGAGUAGGGGUCUGUUCCUGUAUCCUGCCCAAACUUGUCUUCUAAAAUCUGUCCAUCAUGGCGUGCUAACCAUCCCUGUAUUAUCUAAUUAGCUUCAUCAAUCUUAUCCCAACCAUUAAGCAGGUGUGUAUGGUGUGCCGUCUGGACCAGAAUGGCUGAGGAGGUGCUCGCUGCUAGAGCUUCUUGGGUGGAGCUCACCUGCAAUGAGGGGAAGUUUGAGCUCUGGCUCCUCCUAUAAGCUUUUUCAAUGCACACACCUACCCUGUCGACCCUAACCCUAACCCCCAGUGAUAUCACUUGUGGAAGAAUUGCAGCAAGGAUGAGCUGGAGCUCAACUCUGCUCUUGUGGCUCUGCAGUGAGUACCAUUUGGAACGGCUGCCAUUGUGUCAUCUAAGUUGAUGCUGCACACAGGUGGUGGUUGAGGAAACCCCCCACCCUCCCAAACAGAACCUGAGCUAGUGAUUUUGACAGGGGAGGCUUGUGUAAUUAGAAGGAUUCUAAAGACCGAAGUAUCUACAACAGAGGUCAUCAACCCUGUUCCUGGAGAUCUAACUUCCUGUUGAGUUUAGCUUCCACCCUGAUCAAACACAACUAAACCAAUUAAUCAGGACCUGAAGUAGCACGUAAUAAUUGCAGACGGGGUGUUCGAUCAGGGUUGCAACUAAAAUCUCCAGGAACAGGAUUGGUGACUUCUGGUCUAUAGGAGCUCUUGAGAUCAGAAGACUGAAGUUAACUCACAUGCCUCUUACUAGCUGGAUUCGGUUACACUCACACCAUUGAAUCUCACUCCAAUUCAGGUCAUAGCAAUCAAUCUAACCCCUCUGGUUCUUCUCAACCCACUUAAACCAUGAUUUGAACUGGCAAUAUUGCUUUUGAGGUGGGUAAGCCAAAGGUCACUGCAUAUGUUGCUAGUGUGUCUUUUGAGGCCAAGGGAGUAGAGUUUACUUACACAGCUCUUACUCAUCCACCUUAACCUUACUCUCAUUGAGGUCAUGGAACCAAUAAAACACCUCUAGUUCAAUUUCAGUGCACUCCGAAUGGGAUUCAAAUCAAGGAUUCCAGCAUAAGAGAAGGUGCAUUAAGAAGGACAGUAAAAGACAGCAGCUUUUAGUCUAACGCAACUCUAAAGGGGUUUGCACAAAGCUCUCACUGGCUGGACUUUGAUAACUCGCCCACCUAAACUCCCAUCCAGUUCAUUGCCAAUGUUACCCCUCCCGUUCUACUGAACUCACUUAAAGCAGGAUUUGAACUUGCGCGUCCAUCAUGGGAGGUAGCUGCACCGAAAAGGCCGCUGCAUCUAGCCUCUGUUGCAAUUGUAUCUCUUGAGGCCAUUGGAGUGAAGUUUACUCAGCUCUCACUAGGGCUCUCUUACACAUGCAGGCCAUAGAACAAAUGUAACUCCUCCAGUUCAAUUCAAUUGGCGAAAGUGAAGAAAAAAAAACGUUGAGAGAACCAGACUCAGAUAUAUAUGAAGCAUUCAAAAGCAAAAGCCGCUAAACACCACUUCAGUCAAAAAUGGGCUAAUGACAAAUAGAUUUGCUUCAAAUCAUCUAAGUUGCAGCGUCAGCGCAUUUAGAAAUAACAGUUUGUAUGCAAAAGCCACUAAACGCCACUUUGACAGCAAAAGCUGCUAUAUCCUAAGAACCAAUCAGAAGGCGUGAAUUGAAUCAUCUGUUUUCAAUGUAGCAGCGCGCUGCUGAUGAGCCGGCUUUUAUGAGGAGAGCGUUUUAUUCUGCUUUCGAUUUUAAAAGACGGAGUUUGAUGAACUGGAUGAGCCUUUCCGGCUGUGAGUGGAUGACAAAUAAAAAUGUCCCUUACCUCAAAACUUCGUGCAAGAAAAAGAAAACACAAUGUACAGUCGACAGCAGGGGCGAUUUUAGGAUUUUCAUUUUAGGGGGGCUAGGCACCUUAUAAGGUAAAAAAGGUGUAUUUAUAAGCAGUAAUUUAAUAGUAAUACACUUAAAAAUGUUUGUUUAAUAUGGGUUGUAGUAUUCCACUGUAUUACAAAGACAGGCAUAGCCAUUUGAGUUCUGAAUAAGCCAAAGAGGCUAGGCUCAACCCACUUGUUUAUUGUAGUAAAAACCACUUUCUGUGCUCAAGUGCAUUUUUUGUUUCUAUGUAUUAAAUGAAUAAGCAGUCACUUUUCUAAUUAAAUGACACAAACAUAAAUAUGUAUUUUUAAACUUACGGCUAAUUCACAUAUUUCACGAUCUGAAUGAUAAUAAUAAAUACUAGACAACACUUGAUGUUUCUUUCUCUGUCAGUGACUCAGUGACAGUUAUAACAAGUAUUCUCUAAGUGCUUCUGUCACUGUGUUUACUUUCUGUGCAAGACUGUAGUUAAUGCCACAUGAACUGUAAAGUGUUUAAUACUGGUAGUUCAUUUUGAUAUAAAAAUUGUGAAAUUUUUGUUAAGAGUUACAUUUUUCGCUGGAAGAAACAGCUGUGGUGAUGAGGUGAACGUCGAGAAAACCCGACUGCUCCAUGACAUUGAGAUACAGAUGAUACAAGGUUAUCUAUAUCAAAGAACUGCAAAUAAGCAGACAUUUUAACAGUUUAUCAAUAAACACACACCUCUUCCUCUGGCUGUCCACAUAUGUGGUUUGCUGAUCAAAUGAAAAACAAAAGAUGGGGAGGAGCCGAAUUAUGCCGCCAUUUACGUUUCACAUUUAAAAGGGACUGAGGCAAUAAUUUAGUGUACAAGUUACACUUUUGCUAAUCGCAAAAGGUUAGGGGGGCUGAGUAGAAAUAUAGGGAAGCUACAGCCCCUUUAAUUUUAGGUGGUUUGUGUAAUUUUUUUUUUUUUUUUUGUGUGAAAAAUAAUUUCUAAUUGCAACUAAAUACACUGUCUUGUCCUGGUAGGUGGAUUUAGAGGGUUUUGCGGGGGAAAAAAAGCACAAGUGGAUUUAGCUGGUUUUGACGCCAAAGAAAAUUUACCUUGUUAAAAACCAAAGAAUUGUCUAAAGUGACAUUUAUGAAAAAAGUGUUUUAUUUACUAGAUAAUAACCUUUUUAUUACAUAUGAAAUGAAACUUCUGAGCCUAUUUAUAGGAGCCUGAUAGAAAAUGCUCAUUUACAAGAAAAGAGGUCUGAUGGAUUCAGAGAUUUCUGAACUAUGCAUACUAGCUUGUUAUAAUCACCUAAACUAUUUACACUUAGUUUGUUAUAACCAAACAUCUUCAUAAGUUUUUUAAUGAGAAUGGUUUGAAAUUUGUUAUCAACAAAAAGCAAGCUUUGAGUUGAUAAUGUAGGCUAUUUUAUGACUGGUCAUUACAUCUGAAGUAUACCUUGGGCUUUAUGUUAAGAGUAUAUUUUCAAUUUUUAUAUACAUGUUCAGAAAAAUCUAUGUUGUACGUUCAUAUGAAUUAACCGCCAAUUGGCUAUGAGAUUUUGUAUGUGCGAGCUGUACAUCAAAUUGAUUUGUGCCUCUGCACUAUUAACAGUGAAUAACUGUUGCAAUAAGUAAAUUAAAAUUAUUAUUUUUUC